AUGGCACCCGCCAAAGCUCCUCGCGGCGCGAAGCCUGCACCGGCAGCUCCUCAAUCUCUGCCCGCCAAAACCUUCAUCAUCGACAAUGGCGCGUACACCAUGAAAGCGGGUUACGCCUCUACAAGCUCCGAAGACACUCCCUCCGACCCAUUGGCACCAUGCUCAAUAAUUCCGAAUGCGCUGGUCAAAGCCCGCGAUAAAAGAGUCUACGUCGGCGCGCAGCUCAACACGCACAUCACGGACUGGAACGAGGCGAAUUUCCGCCGGCCGGUGGAGAAAGGGUACAUAGUGAGCUGGGAGGCGCAGAGGGAGAUAUGGGAGCAUAGCUUUUUCGACGAAAAGGUUCCGCGGAGGCCGGAGGUGAGGUGUGCGGAGCCGGGAGAUACAACGUUGAUCUUGACAGAGGCGCCGAAUGCGAUGGCUGCGUUACAGAAGAAUGCAGAUGAGAUUAUCAUGGAGGAGUGGGGGUUUGGCGGGUAUCUACGGUGCAUUGUCGCGAAGGAUGGUGGGCCCAGUGCGUCUCCGGUUGAGUGUCUACUGGUGGUUGAUUCGGGCUAUUCUCAUACAACGAUUACGCCGGUCUAUCGAGGACGACCUCUCCAGCGCGCAAUACGACGGCUAGAAAUCGGGGGGAAAUUUCUGACCAAUUAUCUCAAGGAACUCAUUUCCAUCCGUCGAUACAAUGUGCUAGAUGAGACGUACGUGAUGAACGGGGUCAAGGAGGCAGUGUCCUACGUGAGCAAUGACUUUGAAGGGGAUCUCGAGCGGGUCAAACAAGGCAACAAAACCGGUGGGAGGGAUGGCGCCGUGGACGGUAUCGUGGUAGACUAUGUUCUUCCGGAUCCAAAUGCUGGCACGAAGGGAUUCAUGCGGCCACAUGACCCGCUCCUCGCGGCGAAGAAACGAAAGGACCUUCUCUCGGGUCCUCGGCCUUCUGUUAGUGAGGAGCUGCUUGUCCUGGGGAAUGAACGCUUCGCGGUGCCUGAGGUCUUGUUCCGCCCUGAUGAUGUCGGCAUGAAGCAGCCGGGAAUCCCCGAAGCUAUCAUGCAGAGCCUCUCCACACUGCCUACGGGCCUACACCCAGCCUUUCUCGCCAACGUGCUCGUGGUCGGGGGCAACGCCUUAAUUCCUGGGCUGGUUGAGAGGCUGGAGUCUGAGCUUCGACAACUCGCGUCGGUCGAGUGCGUUGUUCGAGUCAGAAGGGCACCCGACCCCGUCCGAUCAACGUGGCUUGGAGCCUCCCGCCUUGCCGCUAACCGAGAUGCGCUGCAGGAGAUUGCAAUCACCCGGCAACAGUACCAGGAAUAUGGAUCUGCCUGGGUGGGAAAAAGGUUUUCCGGGGUGGUUUAA